CGAGACAAAAAAGAAGAAGAAGAAGAAGAAGAAGAAGAGCAGUGCAGCUGUUAAUUGAAGCCCGGAGGGAGGCAUGUGUCUCAAAUAAUGCUUUCUUACUCAAAGCUGCAGCUGACUUUGUGUGCAAUGAUGAUUUGGAAGACUCUGAACCUUUUAGUAAAAGUGGCCAGACAAGAGAAAAAUCAAAGGAGUUACUUGAAUCUAGCAAAUGCCUUGAUAUGAGUGAUAUUGUCUAUGGUGAACGUGAUCCAUCUCCUGAGGAAACAGGCCAAGUUGCAAUCAUGGUUGCACUGCAGUCAUUGGAGAAGCAUGUGAAGGAGGUCGUUGAGAGAGUAUGCAAUAUUGAAAAAAUCCUAAAGGAUGCCAAGUCAAAAUCUCUUGCUACCCAUACUCCAACUGCUGGUGAACAAGUAACACCUCAACAGUAUGGCAGUCCAAAGAAGGCAGUGCUUUCUGAUGAAACAGCUUCAAGUACCAUCCCAGUUGGUGAUGUGUCUUGCAGUGUUUUUGUGGACAAAGUAGCACUGAGAAGGGUGGAGCUGAAGUCGGGGCGGAGGAACCAGCUGGCCUUAUUGCUUCUUGACAUUGUAUUUGAGCCUGCUGUCUUGGGAGCCUCUACUUGCAACGGUUCACGUGACCAAUCAAAACAGCCACUAGAUCCAAAGAUACUAGAAGCCAUCUGAAGUCACUACUUCAAACUCUUCCCUCAGUCAAAGGAAGACAAUCUCAAAGAUUCAUGGCAAAGAUGGGUAAGGCCAUCACUGACAAAGGCCUUGCAUGUGGAAAGAAGAACGUUGAAUAGUCAGUUACUUUUUGUAGAGUUGAGACUGUUCAGUUCAAUAGUGAAGUAUAGGUGAAAACCA